AUGAUCAUAGGGAUAACUGUAUUAUUAUCAUAAUUGUUUGAUAAAAGAUGUAAAAUAAUAUGGAGGUAGGAUUUGAAUAAUUAUUGUUUAACUUUUAUUAAGAGAUGUUUAAUAUUGAUUAAAAUGUAAUUGGUCAUCAAGGGGUCAAGAAAGAAAAAUUGUUGAAUGAUCAACAGAAUACUUUGCUAUUAAAAUAUUAAGAAAAUUAUCUGGAGGAAAAAUAUUUUUGAUUUUACAAUAGAAAUAUUAAUGGAUAUUCAUAAUAAUUCAUAUAAAUAAUACAACAAAUA